UUCUUCUUUUCCGGUUGAUUUCUUGUCCCAUCGAAACCUAAAGCUCCAUAAUCUAACAUGGUAUCAGAGCCAUAAGCUCCAUACCCUUCAUUCAACCUACCUCAUUUACUUCCGCACCAAAACUCUAUCUUUUCUUUGAUUUCGUUCAAUGAGUUCUAUCUAUGAUGAGAUGAGUUCUCUACACUCGAAAAUCAUUCCGGUUAUCCUCAAGGGAGGAAACUACUUGCUGUGGUCACGAACCACAAGAUCUGCCUUGUGUAGUCGGGGAAUUUGGAACCAUAUCUUGAAAGAAGAGGCUCCAAAGGAGACGACCACAAGAGAUGGACAAGAAAUUGUUCUUGUUGAUGAGGGGAAAUGGUUCCAAGAAGAUCAAUUGGUCUUGGUCCUCCUCCGAAACUCGCUUGAGUCCUCAAUACUCGAAGCUUACUCCUAUUGUGAAACCCCUAAAGAGCUUUGGGAUACUCUCUUUAAUGUGUUUGGGAACCUCUCCAACUUGAGCCGAGUGUUUGAAGUGAAGAAGGCCAUCAACGAUCUCUCUCAAGGAGACAUGGAGUUCACUCAACAUUUUGGCAAGUUUAGGUCUCUUUGGGCGGAGCUCGAGAUGCUAAGGCCUAACACCAUUGAUCCGGCGAUCCUCAACAAAAGGCGUGAACAAGACAAGGUCUUUGGUCUCCUUCUCACCUUGAACUCCACCUACAAUGAUCUCAUCAAGCACUUACUCCGAGCCGAGAAGCUACCUAACCUAGAAGAAGUGUGCUCUCAAAUCCAAAAGGAGCAAGGAUCCCUUGGUCUCUUCGGAAACAAAGGAGAGCUUGCUACAGCCAACAAAGGAGAGCUCACCACCGCCAACAAGGGAAGCUACAAGUCCGAGAACAAGAGAGGCCUAACUUGUGACCAUUGCAAGAAGACGGGUCAUACCAAGGAGAAGUGUUGGAUUCUUCACCCCCAUCUCCGACCAAGUAAAUGGAAGGAUCCUAAAGCUCAUCAAGCGAACUGGAGCCAAGAGACUCAAGACAUCUCCGGACCUGGACCCUCUACUCAAGCUAAUGGUGUGGGAGCGGCUAUGACGGCGUCUUCGGAGUAUGUGAAGAGAUCGGACCUCGAUGCUCUCAUCAAGGCUCUUAAGGAGUCAUCCGGAUAUUGAAUCAAGUAGGGUGCUUGGUCAAGGAGUUACAAAGGAUGGUCUUUAUGUUCUAGAAGACACAAAGCUAUCCGAACCUUUAUCUUCUCACUUUAGUUCAAGUAUUGUUGUUGCGAAUAGUGCUAUUUGGCAUGCUAGACUAGGUCACCCCCAUCCUCGGGCUUUAAGUUUAAUGCUACCAAAAGUUUCAUUUCAAAGUCUUGAUUGCGAAGCUUGUAUUUUUGGUAAACAUUGCAAAGCUAUUUUUCCUAAGUCUUCUACUAUUUAUGAAAGUUGCUUUGAUUUAAUUCAUUCGGAUGUGUGGACUUCACCUUGUUUAUCAAGAGAAAACCAAAAAUAUUUUGUCACA